GCCAACUGAAAAAAAUCAGUGUUGACAGCAGCUCUCGUCUGUGAGGAACAGGGUAGUAGCAGGAGCGAGAGAGAGAAAGGAGAGGGAGGAGGGAGUGAGAGUCUGAGAGAGAAAGAGAGGGAGAGAGAGAGAUAGACUUGUGCAUUGAGAGCCAGCCUCAGCUUCUAUUGUGUUAAGCAGGCAAGUGAAGGCGUUUAAGCAGCGGACUUUAAACCCACAGGCGCAACACUGGUCACCGCUGUAGAAACCCCCGAAAUCAGAGGACAAGGCACCAUGGAGGAGGACAUGGAUGAGGGACAGACCCAGAAGGGAUGUAUGGAGUGUUGUCUGAAAUGUUUAGGAGGAAUCCCUUAUCCAUCCCUGAUUGCCACCAUCCUGCUGUAUGCUGGAGUGGCGCUCUUCUGUGGAUGUGGACAUGAAGCUCUUUCUGGUACGGUCACUAUCCUCCAGAACUACUUUGAGGUUAUCAGGGGACCUGCAGAUGGUCUGGAUGUCUUUACAAUCAUUGACAUUAUCAAGUAUGUGAUCUAUGGCAUUGCCUCUGCAUUCUUCGUGUAUGGCAUUCUUCUGAUGGUCGAAGGCUUCUUUACAAGUGGGGCCAUCAAGGACCUCUAUGGAGACUUCAAGAUCACCACCUGUGGACGCUGCGUCAGUGCAUGGUUCAUCAUGCUGACGUACAUCUUCAUGUUGGCUUGGCUGGGUGUGACAGCAUUCACUUCUUUGCCAGUCUUCAUGUAUUUCAACAUCUGGACCAUUUGCCAAAACACGACCGUUCUGGAGGGAGCAAGUUUAUGUCUUGACCCGCGCCAGUUUGGUGUUGUGCCCAUUGGUGAGGAGAAGACUGUAUGUGCAGGAUCAGAAAAAUUCUACAAAAUGUGUGAAUCAAAUGAGCUGGAUAUGACUUUCCACCUGUUUGUGUGUGCCUUGGCUGGGGCCGGAGCAGCAGUCAUUGCCAUGAUCCACUACUUGAUGGUGCUGUCUGCCAACUGGGCCUACGUGAAGGAUGCAUGUAAAAUGCAGAAAUACGAGGACUGCAAGUCCAAGGAGGAGCAGGAGCUGCACGACAUCCACUCUACACGCUCCAAGGAACGGCUCAAUGCCUACACAUAAGACAGGAAGCAGCAGUGAGGGCGAGAGGACCCUCAGUGCUUUCACUUCCUGUUGAAGGGAGUUUUGGCACUGGUGCAGUCCAGGUGGUGUGUCGUAUGACCAACCCCAUGGCCAACCGAUUACCUCUCGCACAAACAUUAUUAUUAUUAUUAUUAUUAUUAUUAUUAUUAUUAUUAGUGCUAGCAGUAGUGUUGUAGUUUUUUCACUUUAUUGUAUUUCUUUUUUUUUAAGAGAUUGUGCUGGUUCUUUUUUUUUUUUUUCACCAAAUAUAAACAUCUUUGAAUAUGUUUUUCCUUUCAACACAUUUUAGUAUUAAUACAUGAAUCAUUGUUAUGUAGAGGGUCGGUUACUGGGGUGAAAAAAAAGCACAUUUUCAUGUGUGUCUGUCUCUUAAGGUCUCAUUAUCAAGGACUUAAAGCAUGAAAAAAAUUGUAAAACAAAAUAAGAUAAUUAUUCUCUCUCUCUCUCUUUCUUUCUCUCACUCCUUCUUUUUUUUAAUCAUCAGAAGGUAUGAAGCCCGAUAACAGCAGAUGGCUUGCUCAUUCUGCACUAUUUUGGUAAAAGAAAACUCAAAAACUGAGACAGAAAAGACAAAAAAACAAAAUUAAGAUAUAACAGAUGUACCAUAAAGUGUUUAUUUAUUAUUUUUCUACAGAUGUCAUCGCAUAGCUUAUCAAGAUGAUUACAAAAAUGACAAAAUGGUUAUUAUUUGCUUGCCCGUGCCAGUCCUGUUUUCAGACUGCAUUGUGCCAGUAGAUGGUGUUAUAACUUCUCUAAGAGGGAGAGGAACUUUCUGACCACUUUUAAGUGGAGAUGAAAUCUUACUACAGUGUCAACGACCCCCUCUUCAGCAACAAUGCAACGCUCCCUUUACUGGAAGCAAGCGACACAUGCACAAACCUACAGCGUUUUCACCCCCUUUUUUAUUUUCCUACACAAAUAGAUAUAGACACAGUUAAGCCGACAGGGUUUUUAUUUGAUGUUUUUGAUUCUUAGCUUUUGUACAUAGCCAUUCUGUAAAUGUAUGUACUGUACGUUAGCACUUAAACUUCAGGUGAAUUCGUAUUAGAUUGAAAAACACAUUCCAUGACAGGAUAGGGUGGGCGGAGGGAGGGAGGGAGGGUGCUCUUCUAGAAACCCAAGAAAAAAAGGUGAAGGAGAAGCAAAAAUCAGGCAACACGGUAAUGUUUAGUGACAGAUCACUUUCUUUUGGUGGGCUUUUUCUUUCCUAAGGGGAAUAUCACGAUGAAAACAAAUACUUAAAGAGCUUAUAUUAUCUCAGUGACAGUUACUCGUUGUCUUGCUAACAAAUCAUUAUUAUAUUGGACGAUGGAAAUGUCUUCUCAUUCUUUUGAUGCCUGGCAAGUCAUGUUCUGUCAGUGUUUCUAAGAGCUAGUUUCGUGCACUUAUUUGACCAUUUUGUGAGCUCUUUCUCGGUGUAAGUGCAUUGGGGUCCCGGCUGCAAAGUCACCCCCCUGUAAUGUUAGGUAAAGACUGUGAACCUAAGUGUUAUUUGUGGCAUGGUCAUGCAUUCAAUGGUAAUCGUUUUUACUGGAUCAAAAAAUAAAUAAAUAAUGAUGAUAAUAAUAAUAAUGGAAAAAAUCAAAAAGAAAAAAAAAACAAGAAAAACAGUUUUCAUUUCAUCUUUUUAUGAGUUUGUUAUAUGCGACUGUCUUGCAGGGUCAUCCCUUUCCUCAUAAUGUGCAGUAAUUUGAAUCCUAUGCUGAAUAGGCUACAUUGCGCUGAAACUCCUACUCUUCGAUGGUAGUGUUUGAUUUGUGCCUGUUUACUUUGUGGUGAUCUUUCUAACUCCUGGGUCCUCCUCUCACCUUUCUAUUACUAUUGCUUGUUGAGCCCCAAAUUAAUUCUCUCUCUCUCUCUCUCUCUCUCUCUCUCUCUCUUACUCUCUCGCUCUCUCUCACUCUCUCUCACUCUCUCUCCCUGGCUCACUCUCUCUGUCCUCCUAUACUAGUCUUUUUGUACUCUCACUAAGGAAUGCUUAGUAGGAAGCUGUACCAUUAAUUUGUUUUGUACAUAAAUGUGCCAACCGCUUGACAGUGGCUUUUCUGACUGCUUGCAUAAAUAAACUACACUGGUGUACUUGUUAAUAAAAACGGUUGUUGUUGUUCUUAA